AUGGCCGACACGCUUUCAGCAAGAGCCCUGCGUGGCUCCCCAAUCCUACUGCUUCUUCCUAUGAUUAUAUGCGCUUUGGCGACUUUUAUAAUUCCCAUAGGCGAAACCAUUGAGAUCUUCCGCGAAAAAGGUGCUUUCACCCACAAUGGCGUCUCAGUGCCAAUCUACACGUCGUUCUAUGGAAUCAAGGCCCUUGAUGCUACGCUGACCGAUAUAACGCUCGCCUUUGCCCAGUCGCAGAUGCAUCCAGCCGAUCCAGCAUCAUACUGGCAAGGAAUGGCCUUUGUCAACGAGUACGCCGGGCUGUACGCCAUUAUCCUACUCGAAGGUUGCCGAGAGGUGCACAAAGGCACCAUUUUCCGAUAUCCAACUGUCCUGGCUCUGAGUGGGCAGUUCAUCGUCAACGCACUGCUUGCUCCUCUGUGGUUCUUCGCCUUCUCGCUCUAUGCGCAUCUCGUCACGUCCUCACCUGCGAGGGCUGCCAUUUCGGCAUCAGAUGCAGCAGCCGUACUCCCGACGCUGAUGUUGGCGUAUUACCCUGCUUCACUUGCGGCCGAGUUUUAA